UCAUUUUUUUUAUAUGAUUGAGAUGAAAAACAGCUUGGAGCACAAAAUAUUUUAAAGUACACUGUAUUAACAUUUUAAUGUUAUCAUUUGUACGGAGUUUCCUUUACUAGGAAAAGUUUUAGAAUAUGCGAUUCAUAUCAAAUACAGUAUGAUUAGAAUAUGUUGUUCAUAUUCAAUACAGUACAAUACAGUUACAACGAACACUCAUGACGCCAAAACAAUUGUUACGUUAUUUAUGACGUCAUAUUGCACAGACAUGGCGUUCCAGAUAAUGUUUCAGCGCUCCGUUUCGAUAAGAAAAGAUAGGGUUUUCCGAGAUCGGUCACACCCCUUAGACAUCUAUGACGACACGGAAUUGAUUCGCCGCUACAGGAUGCCAAGAUGGUGUAUUCUUGAACUUAUUGAUACCUUGUCGAAUGACUUAGAGCCUCCCACAAUGAGGUCACACAGCAUUCCUGCAUCGCUGCAGGUAUUUGCAGCACUCCGGUUUUAUGCUACGGGUUCAUUUCAACAGGUAUUUUAAUUUCAAAAAACAUUCAUGUAGUGAGACAUUUAUAUUUCUAAAAUAUUUAAUUUGCUAAUUUGUAGAAAAUCCCAUUUUUCAAUUAAGUCAGUGAUAUAUUAAGCAUAUAUAGGCCUAUAGCGUUUCUUAUAGACCCAUACCUAGUUAUGAAGGACAAUUGCGUUUCCUGAAAAAUAAUUAAAACUUACUGUAAUUGAUAAUUAUUCAUAAAUUCUUUUUUUAUAAUAAUUUAAAAAAGGAGCUCUAUUAAUGUUUUUAUUAUUAUUAAAAAAACAACUAAAUAUGCCAAUGUUUGUAUGAUGUCAUACAUUUCAUUAGACAAAACCCGAAAUAAAGGUUGCAAAACUCUAUCAAGUUUCUGUAACUAACGCUGACUAAGAAAAGUUAUUUAAUAAAUGCAGACUAUUUCGAAGCUCAUUACGUUUUCUACUUAUAUUUUUGAGUACACUCCUAGAAAAAUUGAAUUAAAGUCUAAACAAAAUAGUUAUUUUAAUAAAAAUGUAACAUGAACACUGUACAAAAACACUAUAUUUAGCAAAAAGCGACAAGCUCACAAAAAUUUCAUAUAGGAAUAGAAAAUUCUUCACCGAUCAAUUGGCCUCUAAAAUUAAUUACUUUAGUAUUUCACUAAUAGCCUGGUCAGCGUCAGCAGAUUUUAUAUAUAUAUAUAUAUAGGACCAGAUAUACAUGUACAAUACAUAGACAUGCAUGAUUGUAAUGUGGAAAACGAUUAAUUUUCUUCAUACUAAAAUAAAGUGCAGCUUUGUUUGCGAUUUAGUCCUUUGUGAUCAUAUCGAAAUUUAAAUGUUCAUCAUGAUCAGCAAUGAUUAAAAUUUCUAAAAUUCAUUGAUUACGCACAUUACCCUAUCACACACUAUGCUCCAACAGGUUAUUGGAGACAUAUCGGGAAUAAGCCAACCCUCUGUGUCGAGGAUUGUUAAGAAAACAUCCAAAAUUCUGGCUCAAAAAGUAGGAAAUUAUGUAAAAUUCCCAGCAACACAUACAGAACAAUUGGCAGUAAAGCAGGGCUUUUCCACGGAAUUCAACAUGCCCAACACUUUAGGCUGUGUUGAUGGAACUCUCAUUGCUAUAAAGCCGCCAUCGGAAAGAGAAGAUGCCUGCGUAUGCAGAAAGGGAUACCAUGCCAUCAACGUCCAGGGUGUGUGUGACCACAGAAAGAUGCUUACAAAUAUCGUGGUCCAAUGGCCUGGCAGCACUCACGAUGCUUAUAUUUGGAACAAUUGUAAGCUGAGAGAAUGGUUCGAGGGUCAGCCUUACGUUGGGCAUCUCCUGGGGGAUCAGGCAUAUGCUUUGCGCCAAUAUCUUUUGACUCCAUUAAAAAAUCCUCAGACACAGGCUGACCGGGCUUUUAAUGUAGCUCAUAAAAAAGCACGACAAAGGAUAGAAGACACUUUUGGUCGUUGGAAAAGUCGAUGGCUCUGUAUUCACAAAUAUGGUGGACCCUUGACCGUUGCACUUCAGACUGCAGUGGAUGUUAUCACAUCUACUGCAGUGCUUCAUAACAUAUGUGAAAAGCAAGGGUUCCCUGUUGAAAUGCAGCAGGAUAACGAUGACAAUGAUACCGACGAAAGAGUGGACAACGAUGUUCAGGAUCGAAGUGGACAGCAGAUGAGGGCCAUAAUCAUCAGAGAUAGGUUUUAGAUUGAAAAGAAAACAGAGAUAACUACGAUGUCUAGAACUUAUUGUUCAUUUGUAAUUCUGGAAAAAUACAUCGUAUUUAACAGUUAAAACUUACA